AGUGACGGAGUGAAAACCCCAAAUCUGGCAACUCUGACUCCCUCCCGCCUGCUCCACGGAAGCGCUGUUUGCAGACAGCCGACCAAUGGCGAGCUCUCCUCUUCACACGUGAUUAAGACGGAAGUAAAAUAGGCUGCAGGACUCGGUUUGUGUGUUUUCAACAUGAAGAUGGACGGACUUUUAGUUGCAGUCACUGAUUUAUAUAUUAUGAUAAGCUUUUAUUUAGUGUGUGUUUAAUUCUCUUACUCCGCUGCUGCUGCUGUCAGACCCAGCUAAAGCUGCUGCAGUCACACACAGAGAGGAGCAAACCAGCUGCUUAUGGCGGAACACCCGGUCAGAGUCCAGCUCACAUUUAUUUAUAUAUUUAUUUAAUUCAUUAGUUUAUUAAAUCUCCGGCAGUAAUGCCACUUAUACCCGCCAACCAGCCUCAGCUCAUCCGCUCCUCCCAGAAGGACGAGUACUACCAGAGCAGCCUCAGAAACAACACCAGCGAAGCUUUCCAGACCCUCGCCGGUUCCAAACGAUGGCUACAGUGGAGAAAGGAGCUGGAAUUGCUGUCAGAUCUCACCUACUACGCACUUACUACUCUCUCAGGGUAUCAAACAUUAGGCGAGGAAUAUGUCAACAUUGUUCAAGUUGACCCCACCAAACGAAGGGUACCUUCCCGUCUGCGCAGAGGCUCCCUCAUCCUUCUUCACACAUUCAUACCCUACAUCCUGGACAAGAUCCUGGUGUGUGUAGAGCACGAGUUGGAGGCUGAGGAGCAGGACUCUCGGAAUGCUCAGAGAGAGAUAACACUAACCUGGAACCCGAUGUCUUAUGUGAAGGCAUGGAUACACAGGGUUGUUAGGAUGCUGAACGAGAAUCAGAGGAAAUCUUUAAAGCCUGUGGUCUUUGCAGUGCAACAGGGGAUCACUCUACUGCACAGGGUGCACGUGGCCUUGUUCUAUGUUAGAGGCUCAUUUUAUCAUCUGGCCAAAAGAACUACAGGCAUCAGCUAUCUUAGAAUGCAGGGAAUGGCAGGGGACGACAAAGUCAUCCGUAAUAGCUACCGGCUUUUAGGAGCAGUCUCUCUGCUGCAGCUGGCCAUCACACUGACACUGCAAUUUAACAACCUGAGACAGAGACAGCGUGCCAGAGAGGAGUGGAAACAGCACAGGAAUCUUCCUUCAAGUCCGCAGGCGGUCAGGUCACCAUCCUCUAAGACGUCCCGCUGUAUCUUGUGUUUAGAGGAGCGGAGGCACCCCACCACCACCCCCUGCGGCCAUCUCUUCUGCUGGGAGUGUAUCACAGAGUGGUGUAACACCAAGAUGGAGUGUCCACUGUGCCGAGAGAAGUUCCAGCCACAUCGACUGGUUUACCUGAGAGGCUACAGUUAGAUGAAAAUACACUUAUUAUCAAAAAAAUAAAAUAUAUAAAAAAUAGUUGCACCCAAAAUGAACUGCCUAAUUGCAGUGCUGUUCAGAAGGAAGGUAAAUGUGAACAGAAGCUAUACAUUAUGGACAAUGUCAAUUAUUUAAAUUUGUUGACUAAUCGUUAAUUUGUAACAGCUUUUGGUCUGUGUCUCAAAAAGUGCCCAAACACAACAGAUUACAUAUUUAUUCACUAAAUAUCAGUACUGUCCACAUUUAAACAACAUGUGGACAUUUAAAUGCCUUUUAAAUCUCACGUUUAACUGUUUUUCUAUUGUUUUUAGAGAUGGAGGACAUGGCAGAAAUAAUUGUUGACUUGUCGACCAAUCGAAGAAAUUAUUAGUCGACUACCAAAAUUAUCAUUAGUUGCAGUCCUAGUAUGGACAAUAUUUAUUGAGCUACACAUACAGUUAUUGUAGCGCAUGUGUUUGCAUGGUUUACAUUGUCUUGGUGUGGAGUUGUAGAGGUUCCUAAUGGUGUCUGAUAUGCAACAUGUCACACAUGCAUUACACACUAGUUCUGUAUAUUUAGCUCAAUAAAUCUUACCCAUAUCAGUUUAAAUGGAUUGUUCCUACUCUUCCUAUUUUUGUCUUCCUUCUAAAUAGCAUUGCAAUACGACAUUUCCUUCUGGGUGCAGCAUUUUAUUAUUAUUUUUUUAUGAUUAAUGUUGAUGAGAAGAAGUUUUUUUGACAGUAUUAAUUUCUGUCGCUUACUUGAACUUUUAAGUAUUUAAAUGAUUCCUUCUAAAAAUAAUUAUAUUUCAAAUCAGAAAUAAAUUUGUAAAUAGAUGUACAUAGAACUGUUUUUCGUGGUUGUUUAUUUAUUUUAUUAACCCAGGAUUUGGCAUUGUCUUGGCAUGUAGUUGUAGAGGUUCCUAAUGAUGUGCGAUAUGCGAUGGUUCAUUCCAGCCAGCUCAAAUAUUCCUGAAGAUUUUUGGUAAGGGUAGAGUGUUCAUAGUGUGUCCAUUAGCAUCCCGUCCAUCCCAGCAGUAUGCUCAUAUAAUCAGGCUCACCUGAUUGACGCAAGAUCAAUAAACGUCUAUUUUCUG